GAUCAUGUACCAUGGGUGAACCUGUAUUCAAGUCUGAGUCUGCAGGCCUGGCUUUUUAUGCUGGUCGUAAAUCUUGCUGUGAAUUGGGUCAUGCAGUGUUUGUACAGCGAUCACCACAGAAGCCUAAAACAGAUGUAGAUCCCUGUGAAGUGUGGUGCAGUCAGCCAGUUGACGUAUUAAUAGAAUGCUGCAACAUUAUUAAAAUACUCAUCUUUUGGCCUUUUCUCUUCAAAAGUGAAAGCAAUUCUUUGGCAGCAGAUUUGAACUCACAGAUUUUAGACUGGAAUUGGAAGAGACUCUGUGAUUUAGAGGUUUUGGAAGACCUUUCCGAUUUAAUGAAAAAAGUUGUUAACAUUCCAACUUUUAUUCAUGGUGUACUGAAUAUUGGCAGCAGAGUAGAACAUGGUGUCUUUGAUUUUGGGCAUGGACUUGAUUGGGUCAGAUACACAGGUGAUCUCAGUAUUCUGCAGAGGCUAGAGAAACUCGGUGGUUUUGGUUCAGUGUGUCUUGGAGUUUUCUUUGGGCAAUGCAAAGGUUAUAUUACUAAAGUUGCUUUGGAAGAUUGUAAUUUAAUUGAAGAAUUUAAAGCUAUGACCUGUGAAAACUGUAGGAAGAACAGUGAAUCUAUGAAACAGAAGGGAAAUGAGGAGUUUUCCCAAGGAAACUUUGAUCGUGCUAUAAUGUCAUAUACUAAAGCCAUAGAGUUUUGUCCUGCAAACCACCUUCUGUAUGGAAACCGAGCUCUUUGUUUAAUUCUCACACGGCAGUACAAGAGAGCCCUUGCUGAUGGAAAAAGAGCCAUAGUUUUGAAGCCUAAUUGGCCAAAGGGUCACUACCACUUCUGUAAGGCACUGUCAUUGCUGGGCGAACAUGAACUGGCUUUGAAAGCCAAUGAGAGGGCUCAGGAUCUAUGCAGGAAUGUUCUUGGUGGACUUAAGGAUCUUAUGCAGCAAAAUGAGAAAUUAAAGAAGACAUUAGAAGAAAUUAAUGCUAUUAAACAACAUAAAUGGAAACCAAAGAAGUCACUUGUUGAGAAAAAAGACUACAGUUCUUCAGAAUUCCAUUUAAUAAACUCUCAAGAACAAAAGGAAACAGAAAAAUGCAGAAAGAGAACAGAGUCUGAUCCUAAAGAUCAUUAUUGUCAUCAAAGCCAUGAUAUUAAGGUGACUGACAUCCAAAGGACAGAAAGCAAAGGUUGGUCUCUGGAGUUUCCACCAAGCCAAAGUCAUCAAAACAAAGGCAGACCAAAACCUGAUGACUCUGAAAAGAUAAGAGAUCACCUUGAUUUGAAGAUAGAAUCUAAAGCCGUUCAAGAUAAACUCUUCUGUACUAUGCAACAGGUCGAUUUAACUGUGUUCCCAGAGGAAGUUAAAUCCCUUGUUCAUGACGGUUAUACAGCCUUGAUGGACCAGCGGUGUCACAGCGCUGAACAAGCAUUUUCACGAUUGUUGAGCAUUCUGAAUCCUUCAGAAUUAAAGCGGCUGAAUCUUUGUGUUAUUAAUUAUGUUGUUAUCAUUUAUGGACAUGCCACUGCUCUUCUUGGAAUAGGACAACCUGAGGCAUUGGCAAAGGCUGAAGACCAGUUUAAGAAAAUAAUCGAACAGUACCAGGAAGAAAGAUUUGGUUGUUUGGCAUAUUAUGGAAUUGGAAAAGUGUACCUCAGGCAAAACAGGUUUUCAGAUGCGCUUGAUCAGUUCAUGAAAUCGCGAACAAUGGUUAAUCACAAGAUUGUCCCUGGAGUAUUAACUUGGCCCACAACAUCUCAGGUCAUUGAAGAGACACGAACAGAGAAUUUACAGCUGACUUUAAAGAAUUGUAUUGAGGAAUGCAAAUUCCCUCCAAAACCAGGUGCAGUUUGUCGAUAUCAGCAAUGCCAUGGCUACUCCAAAAUCCAGAUAUUUUUUACAGACCCAGACUUCAAGGGUUUUAUACGUAUUACCUGCUGUCAGCAAUGUAGAGUGGAGUUUCAUAUCAGUUGUUGGAAAAAGUUGAAAACAACAAACUACAGUGAUAAAAAUGACAAGGAUUUUCUUCAAGAAUUGUGUUUCACUCCUGAUUGUACAGGCCUUAUAUCAAAAAUAGUUAUUUUCAGUUCUUCUGGUCUGGUAAAAUGUGAAUUUGAACAAAAAAUCACAAAAACCAAGGAACCACCAAGAGCCAUUAUUAAACAGAAAUGUUCAAGUCUUAGGAAGUUAAAAAUGAAAGAAGAAAAAAAAUUACGAAGAAAACGUGCACGAGAAGAGGCACAGAAUUCUGCUAAAAGGAAAAUGGAAGAAAACCAGAUGGGAAAAGAACCAUCUCAAUACAGUGUUCAGAGUGGUUAUGUUCAGGAUUUAUAUGCUGGUGAUAGAGUUCUGCAGCGUAUCAGUCGAAAUGCUGGGCAGAUAAAAGCAGCUGUUUAUGAUACUUCCAAACUAUUAAAGGAAUUACUUUCAUGGUUUGUAAUCACUAAGGAAGACUACAUGUCAUACUCUGAAACUAGUAGCAUGACACAUGAAGUGAUGGAGCAGCUCAUCAGUUACUUAAUUCAGGAGAAAAACAGAGUAAAAACAAGGGGGUUUAUCCAUGUGCUGAGUGAGCUGGAAGAAGUGGAUCCCAAAUUACACAAGUGGCUGAAAGAUCUUAACAACUCAGGUCUGACAGCUACAAAGAACUUUCUUCUUCAAUAUGGACAGUUUUUACAAGAGCUUGACAUUUCUAUUUUAACUACACUCUGGAAUGAGAAGUAUGGUAGUAAAUUUGACUAUGUGACAACUGGUUCUGAAGACAAAGAAAUUCGAGAUUAUUUCUUAAAACCACCCCUAGAGAAAACCCGUUGUUUUAUAUGGCUGUUAGAAGACAACAGAGAACAUUUUCCAUUUCUGCAUCAAGCUUUAGAUGAAUUUUUUGAUAAAAUGGAUGACCCUACUAUUGUAUUAAAGAAGCAAGAAAAUGGAAAUAUAUCGAGUAAUGGUAUCAAAGUUAAAAAUAAAAACAGGAAGAAGAACUCAAAAGACUCAAGGUCUGUUCUAGUAUUAUCCAGUGGAGUUAGUACAGCACCACGGGAAGAAGAUAAGAUAUUUAUAGAAGAAAAUACUUUAGAUUUUACAAAUUCUUAUGAACCAUUUGUAAUCCCAGAAUAUAUUCAGGGGCAACUAGAGGAAUUUGAAGUGCUUCGUGGCAUUUCAAAUAGUAACCGCUAUCAAAGACAUUUGGAUAAUAACCCAGAUCCAACCUCUGAGAGCUUGUAUGAAUAUUUCUCUCUAAUCUUGGAGCAACAUGGCCCGAUGGAAAUUAAUGAUAAAUUACUAGUUGGGGAAUAUGAACAUUUCCCUGAAGAAGUUCGAAAGGUUGUAGAAGAUGAAGGUGGUCUGAAAGCUUUUCUUCUGAAAUCUCUUCGCUUCAUUAUGGUGGAUAAUCUUAUUGGUUUAAGAAAGCAUGAAGUUCUUAUUCAAGAAAAUACAAACCGAAAUGAGACUGGAGAUAAUGAAGAAGAAAGCUAUAUAGUCUGUGAUGUGCCAGAAGCUUACUCUUCCCAGAACAAACUACAGUUAAAUCCAGCUGCUAAGGAGUUUAAACCUCUAUCUUAUCAUAAGCAACCCCAUAUAUCAACAUCUUCGGACUUAACAGUAGCAAAUUACAAGACUCCACAAUAUUUGCCCUGUUCUUUUCCUAUUUCAUGUACACCGGUGCAUUCUUUGCAUAGUCAGAAUGUUGAUAUCAUAGGAAAGGGUUCCUCAUUUCCAGACAUUUUACUGAAGUGCUUUGAUUCUAAAAAUCCUGAUUUAUUUUUGCCUCUGACUGCCUGGGAUUGUCAAUAUGAAAGAAUAUUGCUAAUGCCUUCUCAAAUGCCUCUCACAUCAAAUAUUGUCCAACAACCUAGUUAUAUUUAUACUGAUCAUGUAGCUCAUCAGGAUAGUGAUGAAUCAGCAGUUUCAGACAGAAAAUACGUCUGUAGGAGCUUUAUACCAACUGAAAUAAAAACAGACGAAGACCCUCAGUGCCAAAUGGAGAACUCAGAUGAUACAUUUUAUGAAGACAAUUUUGCUGUUGAAAAUAGUACAAACAAAGCUGAAUGUGGUAUAGAGGUUAUUAAGUUGGAAAAAGAAAGUAGAGAUGUACCUCUACUGAAAAGCAAUCCUCAUACAAGGAUGAUAGGUGUUCAGGUAAAUCGUGAAGUAGCUGAUAGGGAAACUAAUACUUUGCCUUUUCAUCCAUUUGAAAUGCAACAAGGAGAUAUCCUACGUAUGGAAAAGGAGCAUCAAGUAUUAAAAGAACAACUUAAAGAAGCACAGGAAAAAUAUGAACAAUUACAAAACCGAAGCUCAGAAGAAACCAGUGCUUUAAAAGAGCUCAUAAAGAGAAAUGUUCAAGAGACUGAGUUAUCAAAGACUGAACUGGAUUGGUUUCAUCGAGACUUAGAAAUGCAAGUGAAAAAAUGGCAACAGGAGAAAAAAGAAACUCAAGAGAACUUUAAAGCACUAAGGAACACAGCUAAAAAGCAUACAGAUACCAGUGAGAGGUAUUUGAAGGCCAUUGAUGAGAAGGAAAAGCAGUAUAAAGAAUAUUUAAGUACAUAUCUCGAGACCAGUAAUAAACUUGCUAGUGAAAAAGUAAAAUUGGAAGAGCUUAUAAAAAAGAGUCAAGAUGACUACCAAGAGUGUGUGAAAAGAGCUGUUAAAGCAGAGAUAUCAGUACUCAAAAACUGGAAGGAAACUCAAGUAUGCAAGCUAAAUGGCAUAGCUGCCAAAGCAGAAGCAAAUGUCAAGAUGCUGAAGUCAUUGAGAAGCAGCUCAGCUUCAGCAGCACCUAAGUUGAAGUCACAAACUGAAUCCUGGGAAGUAUUUAUUUCAAACAUAAAGAAACAACUGGAAAAAGUAGAGACCGAGUAUGAAGAAAAAAUUCAGAUGGUGAAAAAUGGUGCACGGAACUGCCUCACUAAAAUGGAAACUGAGGAUCUUCCUUCUCCUCCCAGUGUCUUAAUAAAACAAAGCAGGCCUCCAGACAGUGAUCCAGCCAUCGUCAUGUGUUCCUCUGCACCUGCACAACCAAAUUUACUUCCUGCAUGUUCAAGUUCUGAAGAUCAAAGUCUAACACAUGCUUCACUUAAUACACAGGCUGGAGCUAAGCCAGCAUAUGCAAAUUCUAAGGCUUGUUCCGCAAGUGGUGGAUCAGUGAAAACACCCUCAAAGCCCCUGGAAGGAUCGUAUUCCAAUAAAGUUCCAACAACUCGCCCGUCAGGGAUUUCUGGAAGUAAUGCUCAGAAUGUCCAGCUGAACCAGAAGCACCAAGAUGACUCAGCUACACAACUGAGGCCUCCCAGACUUCCAACCAACAGAACGCUUCCAAAGCCACUGGAAAAUAUUAUUGCACAACUACAGAGCAUAUUCCCAAAUUACAGCAGUUCAGACUUCACUAGCUACAUAAAAGCCAUACAAAGAAGAAAUGGGAAUACACUGUCAGGUUUGAGCUUCGAUGAAAUUCUCAACAGAGUGACGGAUCUCAUUCUGGAGCAGCAGAGUAAGGCACCAGCUUCAGCUGGGAGACCUGUGAAGUCACCAUCCUCUGUGUCCGCAGCACAGGCUGGAACUCAGGGUCAGGAAGUCCCUGCAGGAGAACACAUUGCCAGCCCACCCAAGGCAAAACCUGCACUUAAAAAUGCUUUGAGUAAGAAUCCACCUCAGCCAAGUCUCCAGCCCUGGGGAAAUGUUGGAGCAACACCUAAAUCGAAAUGGAAGAAACGAGACUUUACAGCCUCCAGUGAUGAUCCUUGCACAAUAUGUCAUGAUGAGCUAAGCAGAGACUCGUGUGAACUAGAAUGCGGGCAUCAUUUUCACAGAGAAUGCAUUAGAACCUGGCUCAAGCAACACUCGAGUACCUGCCCCAUCUGUCGUGUUCAUGCUCUAUUACCUGAAGACUUCCCUGAGCUUCCUGCACGGAACAAAUACACCUAAACCUUUGAACACAUUGCAGUAAGAUGCAAAGCAGCUGCAGAAUAACGACCAUGAUAAGGAACAGAAACAUAAUACCUAGAAAGAGAUGGAACCCCAGCUAUAUUGAAAUGGUAGUAGAGCUCGGACUGCUGCAGUGUUUACCACUGAGCUUUAAGCCAUAAGAUACUGGUAUUGCCAUGGUACCUGCAGAAUUAAGCUGGUGUCCUCCAAGAUCCAGCACUCUUCCUGUGUGAAGCCAGUGUAGUUUAGAGGCUGGCAGCACACAAAACUGGUUGUGUUUUUUGGCUAAGGGAUAUUGAAACUACUCUAUCCACUUUUCUCCAGGAUGGUGCAUCACUCUUUGCAGGAGUGAUGCACCAUCCUCCAGAGCUUACACCACCCUGAAAAUAAAUUCUAGUAUUAAACAAGUAGGUGACCCCAAUGCCAGACCAGCAGAAUUUGGAACAGCCAAGACAUUACCUUCCUUUGGCACAAACAGUUAGAAUUUAACCGCAGGAUUCAAAUCAGGCUUGUUGUAUUCAUUAUGAAUGCAAUUCACAUAAUUGCAGCUCCUUACUCUGCAUAAAUUCAUAGCUUAUAAUUCAAAUUGUUUAAAUUAUUACUUUUAGUAAUACUUUAAAGCAAGGAUUUUUUAAGUAUUCAUGUGAUUCCUUCUUUUUGUUUAUCAUUAAGUCGUAAUACUGUGGCUCAGUUCUUUAAUCUCACAAUAUGAUUUGAAUUUGCCUCAUUGCUGAAGAGCUGAUUUAUUUAAAUCAGAAUUACAAGAUUUUUGGUUUUGAUGAGGGAAACCUGCAUCUGUAUUCUGAGUGUGGAUGUUCAUCCUCAGAGUGAGGUACAGAAUGCAGGCAGCUGAAAGACUGGCUCUCCUACUGCUUUAGAGUCUGAGCUUUCCUGUGUACCUUUGCCACUGUAAGACUUUUGUACACUUAUAAGAGUGUACAGCCUGACCACCCUGAAACUGAACUGUGACUGUUGUUUGGAUACAGGCACUAUUAUGUUUAUUAUAUGAGGUUGUUAGCUAAUUCUAGGAAUCAGAUGUUCCCCCAAAUGACUAUAUAUGCUCCAGAUGAAGUUUUAAACUAUUCUGUGAUUAAUCACUAUAUUACUAGGCACUUGGAUCAAAAAUAAAACUUGUAGCAGCUGCA